UGUUACUAAUACUUUAUAUUCAUAUUGACUGAAAGUCUUGAAUUAUCUGAUUUCUAACGAUCCAUUAUCAAUAAUAAUGACAGAAUCUAAUCAAAAUAUAUUCUCAACGUUACCGAAAAGUAUAACAAAACAAAUUCGUACAUGUGAGAAUAGUGAACAAUACAUUACAAAUUUUUUACAAAACACGUUACCUCUUAAUGAUAGCAGUUGCAUAGCAGAAGAAUUAAGAAAGUCAUUUCUUCUUGCUAAACAUAAAAAUAAACUAAACAAGAAGAGAAGAUGUAAAGGGAAACUAUUAAGUAGUAGGAAACGAAUGCAAUUAGGUUUACGUAAAAUUGGUUGCAAAAAUGAUAUGAAAUAUGUUGAUAUACUACCAUUAAAUCAAUUGUGGUUAAAGUACAUGCAACAAGUACUUGGCACUAAAUUUUUUUCUAAUAUACCAAAAGAUCCAAUUGACCCAAAUUGGGAAACAGUUAAUCAACAAUUAAUCAAAGCAGAUUUCCAUGGUGCUGAAAUUUCUGUUCUUGCAUCAAAAUGUCCCAGUUUAGUUGGAUUAAGUGGUAUAGUUAUUCAAGAUACCAAAAAUACCUUUAGAAUCUGUGGAAAAGAUAAUAUCAUAAGAACCAUACCCAAGGAUGUAGUUAUUAUGAAUAUUUAUUUAAAGGAAGUAAAAUUAGAAUUCUUUGGAAAAGAUCUUUCCAUAAGACCUACGGAAAGAACUAUGAAAAAAUUCAAAUGCGGACGUUUGUAUGAAUUAUAGUGUAUUAUUAUAAUUAUCAUAAUUAUAACCAAGUAACUUUUUCUUGUAACGAACGUAAAUUUACUUGAAAAAGGUUGUUCAAGAUUAUUUAUAUUUCAUUUAUUAACUUAAUUUUGUACUUUGAUAAUGAAAGAUGAAUAUACUAAAAAGGUGGAGAUUUAUAAAGCAUUACAAUUUCACGAUUAAAUUGUGUACAGUUUCAAUACAAAAUAAUGCAAAAUUAAUAUAAUGUAUGUAUUGAAAUUAUGUAAUAGUUUAUUGAAAUAAUUUUUAAUAGCGACAAUUAUUUUAUACUGACUUUCAACAUUGCGAACGUAAUUUUCACUGUAUAUAUAUAUAUAUAUAUAUAUAUAUAUAUAUAUAUAUGUUCAUAUAAUUAAUGAUCGAUCUAAACAUAUAUUUCAUUCCAAAUUUACUAAUAUUUUAUUUUAAUCCACAAUAUCCAAACAAUGAUACAAUUAUAUUACUAUUAGCUUGCAGAACAGCGUUAAAUACACAAUUUUUUAAUCUACAAUUUUAUUCGUUACAUAAUUUUAAUGAAAGUGAAGUGAUUACUGGGAAUGUUACAGAUUCUUGUUUAUAUCAUCUAAUUUUAACAUUUUUUUAUUAUGCAGCUAAAAUUACUGCGAUCGUUAAAUACUAAACGAAAGUUACAUGUAAUAAUCACAACAUUAUUGCGACGAACAUUAUUGAAAAUGUUUCAACGCAUUAAUAUUAUUAUAGUACAACUUCCAACUUUCGUUUUAUACUUAUAAAUAAUGGGAACAAUUUAUAAGUGCAUACCUCUCAUUCAAUUUAAGAUCAUGUGACAAGAAAAUGUCACUUGAAACAUAUUAUGCAAUAAUUUAGCUCUUUUAGGAACAUUGAAUGUAAGAUACGUCAGAAAAAAAAAAUUAUUUUUCCAACA